AUGGUGGUGGAUGCGGUGCCGCUUAGGCAGAUUCCCCCUGAGCAGAGUAAUGAUGAUGGGAUGUGCCAUCUCCCCCGGGAAUCGCUCAUCCAAUCGAGGAGGGCUCGGGAGAAAAGUUUGGGAGAUGGUGGGAUAGAGGCAGAGAAGCAGGCCCAGCCGCCGAAGGCAGAGGUGGGGAAGAGGAGAGGCAAGUCCCUGCUGCGGAACAGAGAGGGAUGGAAAAAAUUCCAAGUCCUGCCUCUUGGGAAUCGGCUGAAACAACAUCGGAAGAGGAGGGUCCAGUGUUUGAAGUUCGGCGCCGAUCUCCUCAAGGCAAUGCGAGCCUGA